AUGGGAGUGACCUAUUUCCACCACUCCAUCCUCAAGGUCCGGCUACCAAAGCACUUUGAUAAGCCGACGAACAUGAGGUACGACGGAACCCAAGAUCCUCAGGAACACCUAACGACCUUUGAGGCCAGGAUGAACCUCAAGGGCGUGGGUGACGCGGUGAGGUGCCGAGCCUUCCCUGUGACUCUGGCAGGACCAGCAAUUCGUUGGUUUAACGGGCUUCUGCAAGGUUCAAUCACGACCUUUUCAGAUAUAACCCGCGGCUUCUUGGCACAGUUUACCAUGCACAUUGCCAAAGCCAAGCAUCCUAUUAACCUUUUAGGGGUCACCCAAAGAACCGGGGAACCGACAAAAAAAUGCCUAGACAGGUUUAAUGACGAAUGUCUUGAGAUUGACGCCCUGACGGACUCGGUGGCCAGCCUGUGUCUGACAAAUGGCUCGCUAAAUGAAGACUUCAGGAAGCACCUCACCAUGAAGCCUGUAUGGACAAUGCAAGAAAUCCAAAAUGUGGCUAGAGAGUACAUCAAUAACGAGGAGGUCAGCCAGGUGGUGGCCACCAAUAAACGGCAGCCCGUUAACCCUAUACCUCAGCAACAUGGGCAUCCACAGGCGGAGAAAUCGAGGGAACCCCCAAGGACGGGUUGA